GAUGAUUUGAGAGUAGAUGAUUUGCUCGAGGUCCAAGAAGCGAUCUGGGAUGCCAGGCCCAAGUGGAAGAACAUUGGCUUGGGACUCAAGAUUAGGCAGCCAGAUAUUGAAGUUAUCACCGUUAACAACGGUAAUAAUAUUGAUGAUAAAUUUCAACGUAUGAUUCUCAAAUGGCUUGAAAAUGGCAAAAAUUGUACAUGGGGUGUCUUGUGCGAAGUUUUGUCACUCCGCUCGGUCGGACAUGAUAACCUGGCCACAGAAAUAAAACGGAAGAAAUGCGUUGACCGAAGCGGUCCUCUUCCGCACGGGAAUGUGCCACCGCAAGCCGAUGCGGGGAAUCAGAGUUUGCCUACAACUCUCCAUAGUGAAGCAGCUUGUCCCACAACACCCUCAGGCCCACUUGAUAACCCAUCUCAUGACCAUCAGGGAGGGGACGAAACCAAAACUUUAGUGGGCACCGAUCACACUAUUGUAAACAGCCAACAGAAAUUUGCAGUAGCCCCAAAAGCAGCAUUGCGUGGACCAGAAAUCCAUGCAACGCCCUCUAGUUUUAGAGAAUAUGAGUCUGAGAGCCAUGAUAGAUUGGCUGAUCCAGGUUUCCAGGGAAACAGGAAGGGUCAUGAGACCCAAGCAGCUUGUGCUAGUACAAUGCCCCUGCUAGCAGUGCAAAAUUCCAUAGUUGCACAAACACAAUGCAUACCCCCAAGAGAAUUUGUAAGUGAAACAAACACCCCCAUGCCUAUGACAUCACCAGCAACAUUACAACAGAAACCAUUGAGCAAUCCCGAAGAAUCCAAAGCAGCAUUCUCCACAGAGCUUAGUUUACAAAAUGGUAUCAGGUUAAGAGGGUACCAGGAGGAACUGGCUGGUCCAGGUCUCCAGGGAGAGAAUUACAUAUUUGUAGCUCCAACCGGGACAGGGAAAACUCUAGUUGCUGGCUACGUCAUCAUGCACCACCUGAACAAGAUGCUGAAAGAAGGUAGAAGGAGAAAAGUUGCAUUUGUGACUCCAACGCGACAACUAACAUUCCAACAGAAGAAAAUGCUUCGAGAAUACAUCCCGGGCAUGACGAGAGUACUUGUAAUUACAGGGGCAAGUUGUCAACCAAUGCAUCCGCUAGUUCAGGGUGAUGAAGUUGAUGUUAUUGUGUGCACAGCUGGAAAGCUACGGAGAGAGCUCAAAACAAAAGCCAUCGAAAUUACCGACUUUUCCCUCAUUGUUGCUGACGAAUGCCAUCACGCUGGCCGCCCCUCCAAUUACUGUGACAUCAUGGAAUUUUACAUUAGGUCAAAGCUUGCAAUGCCAGCAUCCACCUUACCACCACUCUUUGGUGGCAGGCCACUUCCUCAAAUUGUAGGCUUGACUGCUUCUCCUGGGGCAGGGAGAGGGAAAUCUAACAUUGUCACCGUCAUAGAACACCAACUCUCCCUAUGUGCAAAUAUGGAUGCCACAUCUGGUAUUGUUACCGUUCAAAGAAAUGCUGCUGAGCUUGAAGAACAUCGAAAUUCUCCAAGGAAAUAUCUUGAAGUUGGCGAUGAGCGAAGUCCAAAUGAUCGGUUCAUUCUGCAUGUUAACUCCGCUAUGGAAACACUCGAGCAUUACAUGGGCAACAAUCCUUGCCUUGCACGGGGCUCAUCAGGAUACGGCACAUGGCUACAAAAGGAGAAAGAAGCAGCAGAGAACAGGGAGGAAGAUGAAAGGAAAAGGAUUUCAGUUCUCGAUAGACUGAGUGUCUACUCCCAAUGCCUCAUGACCUACAGUGAUUUCCGACAUGAAGAUGCAGUGUCAGUGCUUGAAGAAGUCGAGGAAUUCAGAGAUCAAACUGAUUUUGAACAUUUCCUCUUCGGCGUUCACACGGACUUGAUGGAAAAACUGUCUCGUUUACCCAAGACCCCAAACCCAUUACUGGAGCACAUGGAAACCAUUCUCCGUGAUCAGUUUGCUAGGUGUCCCCAAUCAAAAGGAAUCUUCUUUGUUCAAUCAAUCAAACACACGAGAUACGUCACAAAUUGGAUCAAGAGCUCUCCCACUCUCUCCCCCACUAUCCAAGCUACUCGUGUCACUGGCUACCAUCGUGAAGGAGGAAUGGAAAAAUCUGAGCAGCUUCGAGUUCUAGAGGGGUUCCGCCGAGGCAAAUGCAAUCUCCUGGCUUCUACCUCAGUUCUGGAGGAAGGACUAGACGUUCCAGAGUGCAACUUUGUCGUCCGCUAUAAUAAUGUGUCCAACGAGAUUGCUCAGGUUCAGGCAAAGGGAAGGGCAAGGGCACAGGAUAGCAGAAUGUACACCGUAGUCUCCACCAACUCAAACAAGGACUACCAGUACCUGGUCGCGGAAGAAAAGCAGCGUCUGGUUGAAGCUUCUCUCGCCACGCUGAAAGAUCAGCCGUUAAAAGAUGUUAUUCCUCCAAAACAGAAGUCUUUCAUUCAAGAGAGAGAUCGUAAAGCGCACCUACUGCAGUCCCUCAGGAGCAAGUGGCCAGACUCAGAAAAAGUAGAAGUUCGCUGCAAGAAAUGCAAUGUCCUCGCCUGCAGAGGUUCCGAUGUGUUUGCCUACACUCUCAGUGGAGAUGAAAACCCUCACCAUGUGGUGCCUAGUAAAGCCUUCAGCAACAUGUAUGACAAGAAGGAGCACGACAAGCCAGACGCCUCAUACAAUUUCGUUAAGCCCUACAGGAUAUACUGUCGCUCGCCCAACUGCAGGAGCCAAUGGGGGGUAAUCGCACUGUGGGGAAAUACAGGAUACAAGUUUCCAGUUUUGAAGUGCGAGAGCUUUCUCUUCAAGUAUGGCGAGUUCACUAAGAGGUUCAAGAAGUGGAAGGACAUUUGGUUUGGAGUCCAGAGUAUCCAGGAUUGGGCUGAGUUUGAAGAUGAUGUCACUCAGAAUCCAUAAAACCUUUUGUGUGCUGUUUAUUUAACAUUUGUUGAAGCAAUACUUUUUUC